AUGCACGCUACAGGAGGAGGCAGUGUCUUCAUUGCUCCUGGGCCAGGUGCUGCACCAGUGGACAUUGUAUCCCUCCUAUCUGGAACUGAUCAGCGUGUCAUGGCACUAGUCGGCUGGGACACGGUGACCGGCUUCGCAGGAGGGGUUCAAGUGUCCUCCAGAGGAGAAGCGGCAGUGCCUAUAGUUAUUGCUGCUGCUAGUGACACAGAGCCACUGCCAUCAACAUCUGCUGCCACAGAAGUGACAACACCAGCAGCGGUACUGCUCAAGUACAUCCUCGGAUGGUAUUGUACCACAAUGUUUUAUGGCUCACAGGGGGAGGCCUCAUCUGAAGCUGCUGAGGUUCAAAGCGAACCACAGCAGGAACAGCAGCAACAGCAACAACAGCAGCAACAGCGAACAAGAAGACCGUGCCGCAGGCGAAGGCGGCGGAUUCCGCCAUCCAUUGCCACUGAUGUCCUUGAGCAGCAGCGACAAUUGGUGGCGGGACAAAAAAAAAUGAUAGACAGGAUGACUGCACUUGUCCAGGUAUAG